GUAUAAUUGAAAGUGAACUUCAGUUCCAGUUCCGAGAUAUUCUGCACUCUAAACUCUGACUAUGCACUCUUCUCUUUCUUGCACGUAACAAUUAACAUCAAAAUAUACACACCAUUUUGGGAAAACCUCCGUGUGACGGAUUUGGAUUCUCCAAUGAUGUCUCUUGUUUUCGUUCUUCUACUGAGUCUUCUCGAGGGUUUCAGUCACUGCCACAUUCCAACCACCUUAGAAGGUCCCUUUGACCCUGUCACUGUUCCGUUCGACCCCGCCUUGCGUGGCGUCGCCGUCGAUUUGCCGGCCACCGAUCCCCGCGUUCGCCGCUGCGUCCAGGGAUUCGAGCCCGAACAGAUUUCAGUGUCUCUCUCUACCACCCAUGACUCUGUUUGGAUCUCAUGGAUUACAGGUGAGUUUCAAAUUGGGUACGACAUCAAACCACUGGACCCUAAAAUUGUCUCGAGUGUUGUUCAAUAUGGAAGUUCAAGAUUUGAACUAAUGCAUGAAGCUAGAGGCCAAUCUCUCAUCUACAACCAGUUUUAUCCUUUUGAAGGCCUUCAGAAUUACACUUCUGGAAUCAUCCAUCAUGUUAGACUCACAGGAUUGGAACCAAGCACACUAUACUAUUAUCAAUGUGGAGAUCCGUCAUUACCAGCCAUGAGUGAUAUACAAUAUUUCAGGACCAUGCCAAUUUCUGGUCCACAGAACUACCCAAGCAAAGUUGCAGUAGUAGGGGAUCUUGGUCUCACUUAUAAUACGACUACAACAAUCAGUCACUUGACUAGUAAUGACCCUGAUCUUCUUCUAUUGAUUGGAGAUGUAACAUAUGCAAAUCUGUACCUUACAAAUGGAACUGGCUCUGACUGUUAUAGUUGCUCGUUUCCACAAACUCCUAUUCAUGAAUCCUACCAGCCUCGAUGGGAUUAUUGGGGAAGGUUUAUGCAGAAUCUGGUUUCUAAAGUUCCAAUAAUGGUGGUAGAAGGAAAUCAUGAAAUAGAAAAGCAGGCAGAAGACAGGACAUUCGUGGCCUACAGUUCUAGGUUUGCAUUCCCUGCUGAAGAAAGUGGAUCUUCUUCCACAUUCUACUAUUCUUUCAAUGCUGGGGGCAUUCAUUUUAUUAUGCUUGGGGCUUAUAUUAAUUAUAAUAAAACAGGUGAACAAUACAAGUGGCUGGAGAGAGAUCUGGCCAGUUUUGAUAGAUCAAUAACUCCCUGGCUUGUAGCUACUUGGCAUCCACCAUGGUAUAGUUCUUAUGAAGCCCAUUACCGAGAGGCAGAGUGUAUGAGGGUGGAGGUGGAAGACCUGUUAUACUCAUAUGGUGUGGAUAUAGUAUUUAAUGGACAUGUUCAUGCUUAUGAGAGGUCGAAUCGGGUUUAUAAUUAUAAUCUAGAUCCAUGUGGUCCUGUGUAUAUUACCGUUGGGGAUGGGGGUAACAGAGAGAAGAUGGCAAUCAAAUUCGCAGACGAGCCUGGUCAUUGUCCUGAUCCAUUAAGUACUCCUGAUCCGUAUAUGGGUGGGUUUUGUGCAACAAAUUUUACAUUUGGUCCAACAGUGAGCAAGUUUUGUUGGGAUCGCCAGCCAGAUUACAGUGCUUUCAGAGAAAGUAGCUUUGGCUAUGGGAUUCUAGAGGUGAAAAAUGAAACAUGGGCUUUAUGGAGUUGGUAUCGUAAUCAGGACUCUUACAAGGAAGUGGGGGAUCAAAUUUACAUAGUGAGACAACCUGAUAUAUGUCCUGUACAUCAAAGGGUAUAUAGAGAUUGUAUUGCUUUGAUUUAGGAGACAUGUUCAUUUG